GCGGGGCGCGGCGCGCGCCCGGGAAGAUGGCGGAGGGGAGGCGGCGCGAGGGGCUGCGGUUCCCCGCGCGCCGGAGCCCGCCGCCCGCGCCGCUCGCGCUGCCGCUCUCCCGCGUCCGGCUCAUCAUGAAGAGCUGCCCCGACGUGUCGAGCAUCAACCAGGACGCGCUCUUCCUCACCGCCAAAGCCACCGAAUUAUUUGUACAACAUCUUGCCACAUAUGCAUACAAAAGCAGCAGUUCAGAAAAAAAGGAACUAGCUUACAAUGACCUGGCUGACUGUGUGGAGAACUCUGACACAUUCCAGUUUCUGGCUGAUAUUUUGCCAAAAAAGAUCUUGGCAAGUGAAUACCUAAAGAUGCUCGAGGAAGAAAAGAGAGGAAUUGGUGGUGCUGAAGGGGAUGGUGAUAAUGGAAAUGAGGAGGAGGAAGAAGAAAACGAGUCCUAGAGGGUACCUUUCUCACUGUCAACUUCUCAUGGAAAAGUGUACAGAGCAAGAGGGAAAUUUAAAAGCAAUACUAUUGACAGUUUAGGACUAAACACAAAUUUACAUGUGCAUAACUUCUAAAUUCCAUAAAAUGAGCCACUGAAGAGCUGAGGAAUAAAUCAGAUGGGAAGUCUGUGGUUAGUGUUUAAUUUCCUUCAGUUUAUGAAAGGGAAGUUUUUUUUUGAAGAAAUCAUUUUUUCCCGAGUAAAUGGCAGACUUGAUAUAAAAUGUAUAUACAGUAUGUGAUAUACUUUUGUAUAAUUGAAAAAUAAAAUGCAUUAUUUGAUUAUCAUUGAAA